AUGUCAUGGACGGUCAGGUUGUAUCAAUACUUUGGCUUGAAGUCCUUCACUCCAUUCCUUUCAUUCAUGGUCCCUUACCUUGUUGAGCAGAAGGGAUUUCGUAAUGGAGAACUCCAUAACAACUUCAGCCCGUUGUUUUUUACAUCCUCCAUUAUCGUUUCUCUCACUUCGUUUCUCAUAAUCGAACUUUUGGGAAACAGAAUGAGUCUUUUCGUUGACACAUUCAUUGAGGUAGUUGUAUACCUGAUAUUCAUGUUCAUGCCAUUCAGAAACAGCUUUCUGACAGCCACAGUAUAUGUACUCCAUGGAGCAACGACAUCCUUCGGAGUUGUGAUGAAGUCGAUUCUCAACUCUACUGCCGAAAGGAAGGAGGACAGGAAAGUGAUUUUAUCAACAGCAAUCAACAUCAAGACAUCGGUAAGUGUUGUUUCAUCAUGGAUUGGUCAGGACAUCAUAAUGUGUGGAGGAUGCCAUAGAGUGAAUAUACUGAUUUCUCUCCUUGGCCUAUUCCUUGCACUUCUGACUACGUUUUUACUUCCUGCCACAGUUCCAAAUAAGGAGGAGGAAAGGCUCAUAGAUUACAUGUGGAACCUCUCUGAGGCUUGGAAAAAGAUCAAGAGUACCUACAAGCCCAGUGUAGUUCUUGCAUCCCUGCUUUCAUCAUCUGCAAGUAUUCUUUAUAUAUGCCUCUCAUUCUACUCUGCAGGAAUAUUCCUUGAAAAAAAGAAGAACGGAAUGGAGAGCAGCAUUAAGAUAAACAGAAUGCUAUUUCUCAUAGCAAAGCCUGUGCGUUUUGUUUCCUAUGCAGUGAUCAAAAUCUUUUCUAACUUCGACAGCUCGGUAUCCUACCAUUCAAAUCCGAGCAAGCCUGUCAUUAUUCAUGGAUACAUUGAGGGAUGCUCAAAAAUACUUUCUUCUUUUGCCGGCUUACAGAUAUCAAAGGUUUUGUCGGAAAGUAGAUGCUUUCCUUUAGCAUUUCUAACAUCAAUGGCGACAAUGGCGUUUAUAUACUGCCUAGGGGCAUCCAACUCCAUGUCAUACUCAUAUCUGUUCUACAUCUUGGCUUCUUUGUCAUCAUCUUUGUGUAAAACCAUAUCAAACAUAGGACUACAAAGUGUAUGUGAAGAAUCUGGAUAUAAAUUUGUCCUCGGCUUCAAUCUAUUUGUAUCAUCCAUUAUACACAUAUCCAUCACCCAUUUUUCAAGAGCUUAUAGUCUAAGUGUCAAAUCAAAGUUGAUGUUGUACUUCUACACCAACGCUUUCUUUAUUAUGGUUGCAUUUGGCAUAUACGUUCUGGGACAGCAGACCUGA